UUUUUCCCAUGGAUGUCGACAACCUCCACCAACAGCACAACAACGCCAACGCCACCGUACGUGGCGGCGGCGGCGUUCAGGUGACUCCUUCGUCUCUUCGAGUUGUCAAGGAGUCUCACUUCCGCGGUGUCAGGAAGCGUCCGUGGGGUAGGUACGCUGCGGAGAUUCGCGAUCCCUGGAAGAAGACUCGGCGGUGGUUAGGGACCUUCGACACCGCGGAGGAGGCUGCUUUAGCCUACGACGAGGCUGCAAGGAGCCUCCGUGGUCCUAAGGCGAAAACUAACUUCGGCAGCCCAGCUCUUACUCCCAUGUCGUUUACGCCGCCGGUUAUGGUGCAAGUCCCUUCCGUCAAUCCGACGGUUUUAGCUGAAAACUUUCCGCAUUGGUGCUCGCCGGCGUUUUUUGCCACAGAUGAAGCCGAUCGCAGCCCGGAGAGGGGCGCUCGGUCGGAGUACACUGGAUAUAAGCUAGAAACUAUAGGCGUGAUGAUGAGCGAGAGAGAAAUGGAUUUCAAGGGUGAGAAGAAGCCUUUUCUCUUCGAUCUGAACCUCCCGGCACCGCUCUUCUGAUCGGCCGACGGACGGCUGUUUUUGCAAAAUGGAUCGACUAGCGACCUGGAGAACAAAAACAAAAGUAAGAACACUGAAUAUUUUUUAAGUGUUCGCCGGAGCAGAGAUUACGGUUCUUUUCUCUUUUGUUUAAUUUAGCCUCCUUUUCGGCUUAUAGUGUACAGUUUAUUCCAGUGGUUUUCCGGCUCCAAUUCUGUCGUUGGGCUUCUCUUAU